AAUGCUGACUGUAACAAUUCAUCAUUCAUCAGUUCGUGUUUCAGAUUUCCGAGCUUUCCGCGGGUGCCUGAAGUACUCCCGUGUGUGUGUGUGUGUGUGUGUGUGUGUGUGUGUGUGUGUGUGCUGAUGUAACUCAGGGUUACACACUGUGCGUGAACACGAUGUGCGGGAGGAAACGCCUCUGAUAUGACUGACGGCUCGGACCCGCAGCAGGUCUAGACUCUCUCCCCGUCCCUCCGUGUCCCGGUCCGGUUCUGGUUCGGGUCCCGGUUCGUGAUGGAUUUCGUGCUGAGCGGUGCGGCGGCGUGCGGAGCGUGUCUGUUCACCAACCCGCUGGAGGUCGUCAAAACCCGAAUGCAGCUGCAGGGAGAGCUCCAGAGCCGGGGCUCGUACCAGGUCUAUUACCGCAACGUGUUCCACGCGUUCUACACCAUCGGGAAGGUGGACGGGCUGUCCGGGCUGCAGAAGGGACUCGCACCCGGCCUGGUCUACCAGUUCUUCAUGAACGGGGUCCGGCUCGGUUCGUACGCCAUCAUCGAGUCCUCCGGAUACAUCCACACGAACGGGAGGGUGAGCGCGGCCAAGACCACGGCGGCCGGAGCCGUGGCCGGGGUGGUGGGCGCGGUGAUGGGGAGCCCCGUGUACCUGGUGAAGACUCACCUGCAGAGCCAGUCCACGUCGUGCAUCGCGGUGGGACAUCAGUACAAACACCAGGGGAUGGUGCACGCGCUGACAGCCAUCUACAGGCAGCAUGGCAUUCUGGGAUUGUGGAGGGGCUCCAGUGCUGCUGUGCCCAGGGUCAGCGUGGGGUCGGCCGCCCAGCUCUCCACCUUCUCCUCCGCCAAGGAGCUCGUCAUCGACCUCCAGGUGUUCCCAAAGAACAGCUGGUUGGUGGCUCUGAGUGCCGGCAUGAUCAGCAGCGUGGUCGUGGUCCUGGCUAUGACGCCGUUUGACGUUGUGAGCACGCGACUCUACAACCAACCCGUGGAUCAGCUGGGCAAGGGGCAGCUCUAUAAAGGAUUCGCCGACUGCUUCUCGAAGACGCUGAGGAAGGAGGGCUUGAUGGGACUCUACAAAGGCCUCGGAGCGUCUUAUUUCCGGCUCGGCCCGCACACCAUUCUGUCUCUGUUCUUCUGGGAUGAACUACGCAAACUGUACCAGCAGGUCAGAUAACACCAGGGACCAGGACGAUGGAGGAAAUGUGUGACUCAUUAAGGCGCGAGUGCAGGAGGUUAAAUGAGUCCUCGUUUAAUGAGUUCAAGAGAAGAAACCAGGAGACACACAGAGGGCAAAGGUAACGAUUAACACUCCAAUCAGAAAACACUUUAGAAAAGUUAACGCGUCACCACGGAGGAAUGCAGGACAAAGUGACAGAUCACUGUAGAAGAUAAGCCAGUAGACCUCAUGUACAGUAUUCUGUGUGUGCUGUAGCUCCUCAACCUCAUUCCAAAAGAUGCAGGAGACGUUCACUCAUGGAGAAAGAAAGCAUCCAAUGUGGCCGACAGGACGAAGAAACAUCAACUCUGAAUCCGUGUCUGCAAAAGGAAACUUUAUUUGUUGUAACUGAGCUAACAGAAGCUAACAGACUGAGCUAACAUGAGCUAACAGCCUGA